AUGAGCAAUGCAAAGAGCUUGCUUGGACUUGGUGUCUCCUUGUAUUUUUGGGGACUGAUGGACCUUACUACAACUGUGCUGUCAGGAAGUGCCAGGCCCCUCACUGAAGGGCAAGAAGACAACCUGUCGGACAAGCUGCAUCAGCGUAUGAAGCGGAGCUGGGUGUGGAACCAGUUCUUCGUUCUGGAGGAGUACACAGGAACUGACCCUCUCUACGUCGGGAAGCUCCAUUCUGACAUGGACAGGGGAGAUGGUUCAAUCAAAUACAUCCUCUCAGGAGAGGGAGCUGGCAUUGUGUUUACAAUUGAUGAUACGACAGGGGAUAUUCAUGCCAUUCAGAGACUGGACCGGGAAGAAAGGUCGCAGUACACCCUCCGAGCACAGGCUCUGGACAGGAGAACGGGCCGGCCAAUGGAACCAGAGUCGGAGUUCAUCAUCAAAAUCCAAGACAUCAAUGACAAUGAACCCAAGUUCCUGGAUGGACCUUACGUAGCCUCUGUUCCAGAAAUGUCACCUGUGGGCACCUCUGUUAUCCAGGUGACAGCGACAGAUGCUGAUGACCCAACCUAUGGGAACAGCGCAAGAGUAGUAUACAGUAUUCUCCAAGGACAACCAUAUUUCUCUGUGGACUCUCGAACAG